GUACAUUAUCGAAAACGAAUAUCCUUUUCUACACGUAGUAACAACCGUCAAUUCUUUAUUUUUCUGCUCUCUCUACUCUACACAUGAAAAAAUCCGCCCCCGACAAUAUAUAAACACGCAAUCACACACUUGAGCAAGGCACAUCAAAAGGAGAAGAAACAAAAAAUGGCUUUGAAGGAGGAAUUUGAAGAGCAUGCUGAGAAAGCUAAGACCUUACCAGAGAGUACUUCCAAUGAAGACAAGCUUGUUCUUUAUGGACUUUACAAGCAAGCCACAGUUGGCAAUGUCAACACGAGCCGUCCUGGCAUAUUUAACAUGAGGGACAGGGCAAAGUGGGAUGCGUGGAAGGCUGUUGAAGGAAAAUCUCAGGAGGAAGCAAUGAGUGACUACAUCACUAAGGUGAAGCAGUUGAAGGAAGCAGCAGCAGCAUAACUAAGUACUCAUCCAUGGAUUAGUGGAUUAAAAUAAUUAUGAAAAUUGAUAGCUUCUGCUCUUUCUUGACUUAUUUAUGCCUGAAUUUGAUAUAAUUAAGUGUUUUGAACCCAUCUUUCAAUGAAUAUGCUGUUAUAUAGUCUUCUUGAUGAAUUGAUUUGAGUUUGUCAGUA